CAGCCGAGCAGACCCUAGGCUCCCCGAAGCUCUCUUGGUGACACCAGGGCGCACCUCACAUACACCGAGGGGGCGGAAAAGAGAACAAAUCCAGAACUCCAAAGAUGGGAGGCAAGCUCAGCAAGAAGAAGAAGGGGUACAACGUUAAUGAUGAGAAAGCCAAGGAUAAAGACAAGAAGGCUGAAGGAGCCGGUGCAGAGGAAGAAGAAACUCCCAAGGAGAAUGAUGAGGCCCAGACAGUGGCAGAGACCACAGACGUGAAGGAGGGCAAAGAGGAGAAGGCCGAUAAAGAUUCGCAGGUCACUGUUAACAAGACUGAAGAUAAGGAAGUGGAGAAAGAUGCAGCAGCUGGCAAAGAAGAGGCUCCGAAAUCAGAGCCUGAGAAACAAGAGGCUGUCCCUGAUGGAAAGGUGGAGCCGCAGAAGGAUACUGAGCCGGAGCAGGCUCCUGCCUCUGCCCCGGCGGCCAGUAGUGAUGCUUCUAAGACUUCGGUAUCUAGCACCGAGGCAAAGGUCUCCCAGUCUUCAGAAGCCACAGCAACUAGUAAAGUAGAUGACAAGAGCAAAGAGGAAGGGGAAGCCAAAAAGACUGAGGCUCCCGUCACCCAAGAAACUAAAAGUGAAGUGGCUCCGGCUUCAGACUCAAAACCUAGCAGCGAAGCUGUGUCUUCUUCCCAGGAGACCCCAGCAGCAGCGGAAGCCCCUAGCUCUACACCUAAGGCCCAGGAACCUGCAGCCCCAGCAGAAGAGGUUAAACCUUCUGAGGCUUCGACCGCGAAUUCGGAGCAAACCAUAGCAGUGAAAGAGUAACAUGGACAGCCUAGUGAAAAAGUAAUAAUAAUAAUGAUGAUGAUAAUUAAUAAUAAUCACUUAAAAACAACCUGUGUCUCUCUCUCUCUCUUUUUUCCCCCCAGCUAUACUAACUUGUUUCAAAUCUGAAAUAGCGAUAUGUAUUGCCCCCAAAAAAGGAUAUUCCCAUCAAGGGAGGGAGGGAGAGGGUGGGGGAGAGAAUCCAAAUAGUAUUUUUGUGGGGAAAUAUCUAAUAUACCUUCAGUCAACUUUACAAAUAAGUCCUGGAUUUUAAAGAUGGAUGUCUGAAAGUACAAUACAUCUUUUGUACCUG